AUGAGUGUUAGGCAAGGAUCUGGAUCAAAGCUCGGCAGCUCAGGGUCGAGCUCGGUAAAAACAUCUAGCGCUAGAGUCUCAUCAGGAUAUAUCUCUGGUGGAAAUUAUGGUGGUGGUAGAAGUUCUGGAAGCUAUGUGGGGAGCAUGAGGGGUGGAAGCGUAAGCGCCGGUUUUGGUGGUGGUCAUAUUGGUGGAUCUGGCUUUAGCAGUGGGUCUGGCAUUGGGGCUGCAUGUGGAACUGGUUUUAGUGGUGGUUCUGGAUUUGGCAUUGGUUCUGGAUAUGGCGGUGGCUCUGGAUUUGGUGGUGGCUCUGGAUUUGGCAUUGGCUCUGGAUUUGGUGGUGGUUCUGGAUAUGGCGGAGCAGGCUUUGGUGGAGGAGCAGGGUUUGGAGGAUCUGGUUCAGGAUUUGGGGUUGGUCAAGGAGCAGGCUUUGGACAUGGGGACCAAGGACUUCUCAAUAUCAAUGAGAAGCAUACUAUGCAGAACCUGAAUGAUCGCUUGGCAACGUAUCUGGAUAAGGUACGAUCUUUGGAGGAGGCCAAUGCUGAUCUGGAGAGAAAGAUCCGUCAAUGGUAUGAAAGCCACGGUCCUAAACCAGCCCAAGACUAUAGCCAUUACUUUAAAACAAUUGACGAUCUACAGAAAAAGAUCCAAGAUGCCACCACCAACAAUGGCCGUGUGGUCCUUCAGAUUGACAAUGCCAGAAUGGCCGCUGAUGACUUCAAGCUCAAGUUCGAGAAUGAACUGUUCAUGCGCCAGUCCGUGGAAGCUGAUACCAAUGGUCUGAAGAGGCUCUUGGAUGACUUGACCCUUUCUCGAAGUGAUCUUGAGUCUCAACUGGAGAACCUGAAAGCAGAACUGGCCGCUCUGAAGAAGAACCAUGAGGAGGAAAUGAAGGCUUUGAGUGGACAGGUCACGGGUACCGUCAACGUGGACAUGAAUGCCGCUCCAGGAAUCGACAUGCAGAGAGUGCUCUCGGACAUGAGAGAGGAAUACGAGUCACUCAUUACCAAGAACCAAAGGGAAAUCGAAACUUGGCAUCAUGCAAAGAGUGAAGAGCUGAGACAACAGAUGACCAAGGACUCCCAUGAAUUCCAGACAACUAGUACUCAAGUUACAGAGCUAAGACGUACUCUCCAGAGCCUUGAGAUUGACCUACAGUCCCAGAUCAGUAUGAAAGCCGCUCUGGAAAGCUCCCUGGCCGAGACAGAGGGACGGUACUGCAUGCAACUGGCCCAACUUCAGGAGAUGAUCCAAAAGGUGGAGUCAGAGUUAGCCGAGAUCCGCUGUGAGCUGGAAGGCCAAAGUAUGGAGUACAAGAAUCUUCUGGAUAUCAAGUCUCGUCUGGAGCAAGAGAUCAACACUUACCGUAGCCUUCUGGAUGGCCAGGGAACCCAAUCUCCCAAAGGCUUCUCCUCUUCCUCCUCCUCUUCUAACUAUUCAACAUCAGUUUCCAGUUCAGAUAGACAAGGUGGAUCCUACCAUAGCGAUGGAAGGGGGAGCAACGCACGUGACCAACACUUCCAGUCUGGAUUCAGAAAAUGAGCCGUCUCCAGCUCCGAUGCCUGCAAUCCUUCCAAACGCUACUGUUCU